AUGCACUACGCUAAUCAGAUGUGCCGCGGGCUGGUGGUGGGCUGCUGGCUGAUGGUCGCCCUGGCGCAGCAGCGACUCGCCGCCGCUGUGACGCCCGCCCCGCACCAGCCCUCUCCUGCUCCGGGCGUGACGUGCUACACGUGCGUGAACGUGUCGGACAACCUGAUCUGCAACCAGUACGCCAUCGACCGGCCCUGUCCGCACGGGGACGAAUUCUGCCACACACUUCACGUAAUGGAUUCACAUGGAGAGAGUGUUGUCGUCAACAAGAAGUGCGCCAACGGAACCGAGUGCACGCCCCAGAGGGUCGGCUGUGUCGUGAUCGACGCGCAGAGGGUAUGCGUCUCCUGCUGUGACGAAAUGUACUGCAACGAGGCUGUUCCAACUAACCAUAGCACGGCUGUGUUCUCCAACACAAGAACCCGCUCAGCGGAGAAAGCUGUUGAGAAGAAUGUCAGCAACAGAUGCAGCGUGUGUGGGCUUCCCUUCUGUGACUUCAUCAUGGUAGCGCUGAUGCUGUAUCACAGUCUGUAAUACACAAAAUGGAACUUUAAAAAUUGGUGUUGAACCGCUAACUAUAUCAUGAAUACUGAAACAAAAAUUGGUUUCAAAGGAUUAUAUAAUUAUAAGACAAGAAUUAAAAAUUAACGUAAUUUGUGACCUCACUUACCAAAGGGAAGAUGUGACGUUUCAGUGUCAGAAAUUAACGGAAGGCAGUAUUUGCUUUUAUAUCAAAAAGUAUAAAAAUGAUAACUAUUGUCAGAGCAGUCAGUCCAGAAUAAUUCGAAACAGAUGUUAUUAGACACUUCAUAAUUUUACCCCUUUUCUUCCGAACAUCGAGUCCAGUUAUAGCCUCCAUCACAUUAUUAUAUUGACGUGCUGGACAAAAGUGCACCUUCAUGGAAUGGCAAGAGUUGUAACACUUUAAAUACAACUGCAAAAUUACGGUAAAGAAAUUCCCCAAAACUUGGAAAAACAUAAGCCUUCAAUCACUGUUAAGUAUUUUAUGUUUCUCGGCAGCCAUUGGAUAACACUUUUGUAAGUAUUUUUAGCAUUUUAUUAUGCACAGCACGGAUCACUAAUUAUUCACAGCUAUUAAAAUACCAGAAAACUGUAAACCAGGUACAUGCUUUAUAACAGUGGCAUACGACUUCGCCACGGACUACACAAACACUCUGAACUUUCCUUGAGCUAUUCUGAAUUGUCCAUAUCUGCUGACGUGCUUCAUUUUACAAUCGUUCUCUGUCACUAAUUGUUGUUUUAUAAAUAACUGGACCACUGCCGGAGAUAACAAAAGUAUGUAAACUUGCUUAAUCUGUUUCAUAUGUUUCCUUGGAUCCCCAGAAGGGUUCCCAUUGUACUAUAAUUCACUGUCCGCUAACUUAUUUUGCAGAAAUGUGGAAGUUCCAUAUUAGCACUGAAAAUGUUUUCGCAAUUGUCAUUAUUGUUGAUUGUUGUCAUUGUUAAUGUUUCUCUAAAUUCUGCUAACUUCACUGCCAGUAUUUUAAAUGUUCACUUAUUUAGCCUCUGAUCUUAUCUUUGUUUUCGUAACUUAAGAUAGAGAAUGGCACAUAAUUUCUUCAUUAGGUCCAUUUUAUUUUCUACAAAUAAAGUAUUGUUGCUCUUACUUCCUUGACUAAUACCAGAUUUGUAGGAAGCUUCAUCCGGUACCUCUGUGACGAAUAUGACCAUAUACUUCUUCCACAUGCUGCUGGAAUAUUUCUCAACUCAUGUUAUUUUCUCAGAAAUCCUUGUCCAUAUGAACUGAGUUUAGUGCAAACCAUGUGAGUCAGAGUUUGUGUGACACAGUCGCCUCCUGACCCAUCACUGAAAGGAUCAAUGUUUGUAUACUACAUAAAGGAAAACUUUGCUAAAGUACACAGUGUGAAAAUGUGGAGUUGAGUUGUCAAGAUAUGUAAACUGGAAAUCAGUAUGAGAAGUCUGGACAGAGCCAAACGCAACAUAAACGUCAUUUCACAUAUUAGGCAUUGUAAAACUCAUAUACAGUAUACAACCAGCUCACGAUUACCACUGCCAUUAUAAAUCGUGUUUGAGAAUCCAAUUGUGGACAACAAAUAUCGAAGAUAACCUUUCAUUUCAUAAUUCAUUUACUUUAGAUACAGUCAUGUUUAAGAAUCGAAUGUAGAUAAAGUAGACGAUAAGUUUCAAUUUCAUACUUCAUUCAAUUCAAAUAGAGUUAAUAAUUUAAUAACAUGAUGGGAAACGGAAUAAGGAUGCCUGGUGCAAAUAAAAGAAACCAAAAUCUUCCAUCAAGAGAGAUACGGAAGUUUUUCUUAGAAAUAGAAUUCCCUUCUUCUCAUUUUUCAGCUCUGUUAGGGGUUUCUUGAUUCAUAGUUACCAACUGGGCUUAUUUUUCGCUCUCUUUCUUAUGCCACUGGUAAUAAUAUCACCAAAACGCCAGCUAGUCCGGUACAUGAAAAAUAUACGUUAACAAGUAACAUUUUACAAAAUUGUUAAGGCUUUCGUGGCCACUUGUUGACAAUCUGCCUAUUGUCUUCUGUCUCGGGUU